UCAUUGACAGAAACUCUCUUUGAAUAUCCAUUCCUUCUCUCUUUCUACUCUUCUCCCUCUUCUCUUUCUAAACCCUAACCCAAUUAGUUCAUGAUUUUUUUUUCACCUCUCAAUCCAUCCCAAAAUGAAGCCAGAUUUCUUCAAAAAUCUACCACCAGAAAUCAUCACCGAGAUCUUCUUAAGGCUACCUGCUGUAAGCAUUCUAAUAAGCAAAUGUGUUUGCAAGCGAUGGAUCCAUCUGCUGGAGUCUGAUGCUUUUGUCAAGUCUCAUUUUGCCAGAUCCGCCCCCGCCCUCGUUGUUUUGGGGGAUUCAGGUGGGUUGAAAGUUUUGAAAUUCGAAGGCGAGCUCGAUCUGAACCUCAAGAGCCACCAUCCACUCAUCAAGUAUGAUUUCCCUUACCGCCAAGCAAAAGUAAGCAGUUCUGUUAAUGGUUUGAUUGCACUAAGGGUGGGUGUUAAUAUGAUUUGUGUAUGUAAUCCGAUCACUCGUGAAGUUAUUAAGCUGGAUCUGCCUUCUUCUUCAAGAGUAUCUGGUUUUGGAUUUGGGGCAAGCAAAAUCAGUGGCCGAUACAAGGCGGUCAGUAUUAGAAGUAAGCCCUAUGGCUAUGAUGAUAAAUUGGAUUGUCAUGUAUACACUCUUGGAACAGGAUCUUGGCGACGCCUUGAAGGUAACCCGUUUGUGCACCAGUAUGGUGAAGGUGCAUUUCUUAAUGGAAAUUUCCAUUGGAUAGCAUACAUGAAUGGAGAAAGGUCAUUGAUUUCUUGCUUUGAUCUUGAAACGGAAUGUUUUAGCUUCUUUAAAGCUCCUCCCUAUCUUGCUCAUGAAUUCUUCAGAAGAGGAACGACCUUGUCCGUUUUGAGCGGUUGCCUAUGGUUUUGCAAGGUAACAUCCGACUAUGAAGAUGAAGAUGAUGGUUGGCGAUGUGAGGUUAGUAUAUGGAUUAUGAAGGAAUAUGGAGUGGACGAAUCUUGGAGCAAGGAAUAUGUGAUCCCUCUUGAUGAUGGCAUGAGACUUUAUUAUCCCUGCAUCAGGGGAGACCUCUGACCGUGUCAAGUGUGGGCUUUUCACUCCCACCUUUGUUUCACUCAAAACUUUAGGUUUAGGUGUGGAGAAUGUAACCUCAUUCUGAUUGAUUGCAUUUUCAUAAUGCUGCAUCAACUAAAUGUGUGUUUGAAGAUUGAAUUAGUGAUGAAGCAUAUCAUUUAGAUCAAGGAAAUUAUCUAUAUAUAUUAUGGUUCCUUUUGGUACAUUUCAUAGUGGCAUUGAUGCUGCUUCUACUCCUACUUGUAUAGUUUGAGGGAUUAUUAUCCGUACUUUUUUUUUUUAAUGAAUCAUGUGAUGAUGAGAUUGUUGUUUGUUAUAUAUGUAGAUGUAGUGAUAUUUGUCAAUAUGAAAUUUGUAUGUAGCUUGUGUUAA